AUGAGAAAAGAAACAAUGACCCAUUCACACACGUUUGGUGGCAACGCGGGCGAGCGUCCACUCACGCGUCAGGAUCUUAAACACGCCUCCCGCAUUGUGGUCAAAAUGGGGACUAGCGUGGUCUCUACAAGCGGUGAGCCCGCACUUGGCCGCAUCGCGUCUAUUGUAGAGCAGGUCUGCAUGCUCAAGCGUCAGGGCAAGGAGGUGCUCCUGGUGACUAGCGGUGCUGUGGGCAUUGGUCGCAAGCGUCUGAACAAGCAGAUCCUGCUCUCGGCCUCGCUCCGCACUCACGUACAGGGCAACCAACAGAUGCUGGCACUUGAAAAGAAGAAGGGCGCCAUGGCGGCUGCUGGCCAGAUCGGCCUCAUGUCGCUCUAUGAGACGCUCUUCUCACUCUACGAUGUGGCUUGCUCGCAGGUGCUUGUUACGGCAUCAGACUUUAAGACGGCCCAGAAUCGCGCCAACAUGCGCGACACGAUGCUCAAUUUGCUCGAGCUCGACGUCGUUCCUAUCGUGAACGAAAACGACGCAGUUAGCGCCUCACCGGAUGGUACCGUUUUUACGGACAACGACUCGCUUGCUGCUUUGGUGGGUGGCGAGAUUGAAGCGGAUCUACUCAUGCUGCUUACAGACGUGGAAGGCCUGUACAAUAAACCUCCCUCCCAGCCUGGUGCCAAGAUCAUUUCAGUCUUUCGUCCCGAGGACAGUAACUUUAUGAUCGGUGAGAAGUCGAGCGUCGGUCGUGGCGGGAUGGGCGCCAAGAUUGAAGCGGCCCAGUCUGCUAUUUCGCAGGGUGUGAAUGCAGUGGUCAUUGCUAGUGGCUUUAAGUACGGCGUAGUCGGAUCUAUCAUGAAAGGCUCAAGUCUUGGUACGCUCUUUGUGGCGAACCCAGGAUUCGAGUCACCCGACUCGAUGUCUGCCGAGGAGAUGGCCAACGCUGCACGUGCAGGCUGCCACCAGUUGCAGGCGCUGUCUUCGAAAGAGCGUGCCGAUAUUUUGUUUCGCAUUGCUGAAGAACUUUGGAGCAAUCGGAGUGCGAUCUUGCAUGCGAAUCGGAAGGAUCUUAUAGCCGCGCAGAAGGCGUCAAUUGAUGAGGGUCUAUUGGCGCGUUUGAAGUUGUCAGAGGAGAAGCUAAAGACGUUGGCUGAUGGGAUUCGAAGCAUCGCAGAAUCCGAGGAACCGAUCGGUCGCAUGCUCAAACGCACGGAGCUGGCAUCUGGACUGGUCCUGCAUCAGGAGACGGCCUCGAUUGGAGUGCUCCUCGUCAUUUUCGAGAGCCGUCCUGACUCGCUGCCGCAGAUCGCGGCGCUUGCACUGCGCAGUGGAAAUGGUCUAUUGCUGAAGGGCGGCAAGGAAGCCGUACACAGCAAUGCUGCGCUGCAUUCGAUCAUUGUUAACGCCGUCGAGGAGGCCACCAACGGCAAGGUGAAGAAGGAUGUCAUUGGUCUGGUCACAUCUCGCGAAGAGAUUUCUGACCUGCUUCAUCUAGACGAUGUUAUUGACCUGUGCAUCCCACGUGGCUCAGGCUCCAUGGUGAGUUACAUCAAGAAAAACACGCGCAUUCCUGUCCUUGGUCACGCCGAGGGUGUAUGCCACAUGUACAUACAUAGUGCGGCUGAUAUGAGGAAAGCGAUUGAUCUCGCUGUCGAUGCCAAGACCGACUACCCUGCUGCCUGUAACGCCCUCGAGACGCUGCUGAUUGAUGAAUCGCUGGUGACUAGUGGACAGGUCACAGAGAUUUUGGCAAAGCUGGAGGAAGCGGGUAUCAAUCUGCAUAUUGCACCCAACGCUGCUAAGCUGGGCGUUGUUACGGUCAAGUCGCGCUCAACUACCUCGCUUUCUACCGAGUACGGCACGAAGGAUAUUACUAUUGAGGUGGUGAACGGCAUUGAUGCUGCGAUUUCCCACAUCAACUUGUACAGCAGUGGCCACACCGAGUGCAUUGUGACGGAAGACGCUGCUGCUGCAGAGCGGUUUCAGCAGAUGAUCGACAGUGCAUGCGUUUUCUACAACGCCAGCACUCGCUUUGCUGAUGGUUACCGUUUUGGUCUGGGUGCCGAGGUUGGUAUCAGCACGGGUCGUAUCCACGCUCGCGGUCCCGUCGGUGUAGAAGGUUUGCUUACGACGAAGUGGAAGCUUGUGUCGGAAAGCGGUCACACUGUCUCUCAAUUCUCUGGCGAAAAGAAUGAACACCCACUCAAGUACACGCACAAGAAGCUGGAGCUGAUCCAUCAGGAAGCAAGCGUUGCUCGCCCGCGAAGUAGUCGUCUAUAA